AGAUCUGGCAUUGGGAAAAUGAAUCAGAUGUUAGUCCUGCAGGCCAAAUUUUGAUCUGCUGUGUAGACUUCAAUGGUGCAUGUGAAGUCCUGUAAAUGACAUCAGCGAGUGGUGGAAAUGUGACGAACCAUAUGGACAGGAAGCUAUUCACAGAAUGUCUGGUUGGGGUGGAUGUUUACAGGAGGGUGUCCGGUGUGACUCCUCCGCCAAUUUCCAAGAAGCCGUGAUUGACAUGGCUGUAACAGCUAUAACGGUGACAUCAUGGGCUCACCAAGGGUUUUAUGGACAAUCUUAGGUAACCGGCUGUCAAGAGGACCUCAUCGUACAAUCUGAAACUCUAAAAGGACGACCGCUCAGAGCAUCUCACCCUUUCUUUUCUAAUAUUGGACUCCACCUCUGCUGCUCACACUUCCUUUGGACAGAAAGGAGAGGGGAGGAGGGCGGCUCAUCCAACAUGAAUGUCACCUCGCUCUUCUCCUUCACCAGCCCGGCGGUCAAACGCCUGCUGGGCUGGAAGCAGGGAGACGAGGAAGAGAAAUGGGCAGAAAAGGCAGUGGAUGCUCUGGUUAAGAAACUAAAAAAGAAGAAGGGAGCCAUGGAAGAGCUGGAGAGGGCACUCAGCUGUCCCGGUCAGCCCAGUAACUGUGUGACAAUCCCCCGCUCCCUGGAUGGACGGCUGCAGGUGUCCCAUAGGAAAGGUCUGCCGCAUGUCAUUUACUGUCGUGUGUGGCGCUGGCCCGACCUGCAGUCUCACCACGAGCUGAAGGCCCUGGAGUGCUGCGAAUACCCUUUUGGCUCCAAACAGAAGGAUGUGUGUAUCAACCCCUACCACUACAAAAGAGUGGACAGUCCAGUGCUGCCCCCUGUGUUGGUACCAAGGAACAGCGAGUUCAAUGCCAAGCAUACAAUGUUGCCUCGCUUCCGCAACCCUCUACAACAGAAUGAGCCGCACAUGCCGCAGAAUGCCACCUUCCCUGAAUCCUUUCCUCAGGCCAAUACAAUGCCCCCCAAUUUCCCCCAUUCACCGGGAAACAGCUACCCAAACUCACCGGGAAGCGGCAGCAGUGCCACCUUCCCUCACUCACCAUCCAGCUCCGACCCCGGCAGUCCGUUCCAGAUGCCAGAGACUCCCCCUCCUGCAUACAUGCCCCCAGAGGAGCAGAUGACUCAGGAUUGCCCUCAGCCAAUGGACACCAACCUCAUGGCUCCACCCUUGCCUCUGGAGAGUAACAACCGGGCAGAUGUGCAGCCCGUGGCCUACGAGGAACCCAAGCACUGGUGCUCUAUUGUUUACUACGAGCUCAACAAUCGCGUUGGAGAGGCGUUCCAGGCGUCCUCCACCAGCGUGCUCGUCGAUGGCUUCACGGAUCCCUCCAACAACCGCAACCGAUUCUGCCUCGGCUUGCUUUCCAACGUCAACCGCAACUCCACCAUUGAGAACACCCGGCGGCACAUCGGCAAAGGUGUCCAUCUGUAUUACGUUGGCGGGGAGGUGUACGCAGAAUGUCUGAGCGACAGCAGCAUCUUCGUCCAGAGCCGUAACUGUAACUACCACCACGGCUUCCAUCCCACGACCGUGUGUAAGAUUCCCAGCGGCUGCAGCCUGAAGAUUUUCAACAAUCAGGAAUUUGCUGAGCUGCUGGCCCAGUCUGUCAACCACGGCUUUGAGGCCGUUUAUGAGCUCACCAAGAUGUGUACCAUCCGCAUGAGCUUUGUUAAGGGCUGGGGAGCGGAGUACCAUCGCCAGGAUGUGACCAGCACACCCUGCUGGAUUGAGAUUCACCUGCAUGGUCCCCUGCAGUGGUUGGAUAAGGUGCUUACCCAGAUGGGCUCCCCCCACAACCCUAUAUCCUCCGUCUCCUAGGCUUCACUGUCCUCAGCCCUGUGGCUGUCCAUACCCCAGCAUUUUGGUCUGAGUAGCAAGAAUAGGGCCGCAGAUUGGCUUGUGGUUCAGCAAAUCAGACUUUUCCGAUAACUGACAGUGGUUUUGACUGAAACACAAGCUGAUCUGGGACCAGUAGGGCUGGGCAGGUUGGUUUGUUCUCUACUUGAAGGAUGUCUGAAUUGGGCACAUUUACAGUCUGGGAGAGGAGUAAGCAAAGUGAGCGUGAUGCAACUGGAAGAUACUUGAUCUUUGUGACCAACUGUAAUAAUUAGACCAUCACACUCAAUAUGAUGCAAGUAUCCUCCCCAGUAUCUCUUUUUCAUUGUUCUAUUAUUCUGACUCAUUGCUAGUUUGCAUCUAAACUCUGAAAUCCAGAUAUACUUGUAUAGUUACAAUUAUUAUAGGACAUUCCAGGUCACCAAAAUUGCAUUCGGCCGCUGUCUACUGCCUGACUGCAACGAGGUUGGCAUGAAAUGUGCUUAUGAAACUCAAAAAAAUUAGCAGUUGGAGGUUGACCAACAUGACUGAAAUUUUUUAAUCAUCUCCAGAUAAUUAAACAAGUAUGCCAUUUCCUCAAAGUGUUGUUUCUUAAGGUUAAUAAAUUAAAGCAGUACACAGCAUUGUAAAAAUCAAAUCCCAUAUCACAGAUCAUGAAAAAUAAUAGGAGGGCAAAAUUUGGGGGCAGUUUGAGAGUUUAGAGUGGGGUUUAGUGUGGGGCAUGGCACUAAAAGGGCAUUUGAGACUAUUCAAAAAAAAAAAAAAAAGACUAAUGUUUAAAUGUUGCUCAUCUUGUGUGACACUCGUGUUUCAAAUGAAUUUUAAAAUAAAUAAAGAAUAGUGUUUAGAUAUAUUCACUAUUAGAAUAUGUGCUGUGCAGUCUGGUUUUGCAAAGCAUAGUUUUGUUUAGUGUAGCGUUACACGUUAAAGACAGGUAGCUGAACACCACACGAAGCAAGCGAGGCAAACACCGGCGCAGUUUAGCCUGUUCCUCGCUGUGUACUCUGCAGCAACAUCAUCAAUGUGUCCAACCGAGUCAAACUGAGGACAUAAAUAUUUCAGUGACUGCGCUUCAUUCUCAAACUUCUUAAAUGUCUUCUAUGGGAAAAUGUUGAGCAUUCAAAUUUUAAAGGUAUCUGUUACUUGUUUCCCAAUAUGUUUGUUUUUUUUUGUUGUUGUUUUUUUUUUUUAAAUAAAAUGCAGAUUUUGCCAUUCAGUUCUUUUAUGCUUUGAGCAAUCUUCUUUGCUAUUAAACUGUAUUACUCUUUACAUUCUUUUUGUAUUUUUGAACAUGUUUUGUGUUUUGUUUGUCUGCACUUUCACACAUUGCCUCUUUGUAUUGUUUCUGGUUUUUUUUUCUCCCUUGUGUGCUCAGUAAAACUCCCAGAAAAGCAGUUUUAUUCCAUGAAUAUCAAGCCUCUACUGGAAGAUUCAAUAAAUUUGUUUCAUUACUUGCAA